AUGAGUGACCAACGUGAAAGCAAAGGCCGUCCAGCAGGCCAACAAGCCCCAAAGGCCGUUCCCGAGACUCCACCUCGGCGAGCACCGGCCAGUGAGGACUCUUCAGGACCGAGUGAAGCCGUGCCAGGUCGUCCCGUUCUGGCGCUGGCAGGAGUUCGACUUGGUGCCGACCCGUUGGUUUGCUGCUUGUUCGAUGCCGAGUCGGGUUACAUUCGCGAUGAGCCGACAAGGUUGGCUGUAGAUGGCAUGAUGGGCGGGGAGUUCCCCGGUUUCUGUCUUUUCCAUACGGUAUCUCAUUCUCUACUCGCGAUGAUCGUCUAG